UCGUAGUAUCAGAAGCAAUUUUGACAGUCAGUAGGACUUUGAACAGAAACAUGGCUGUACGUCUGUUUGAGACUAAACAUCAUGCAUCUGCUUACCUGAAAUACAGAGUGGCACCUGUUGAAUUAGUCAACAGGAUUGUGAGCUUCAUGGAGAAAAAGACACCAAACCGGUUUGACCUUGCGGUGGAUGUGGGCUGCGGUUCGGGGCAAGGGACGAUACCAUUGGCUCCGCACUUCACCAAGGUUGUUGGUAUAGACGUCAGUCCCGCCCAGCUGGAGAUGGCUCUGGCCAAUGGCAGCCCUCCAAAUGUAUCAUACAGGGAGUGUCCUGCAGAAGAUCUACCGUUUGCUUCCGGUGAGGUGGACCUUGUGACGGCCAUGACGGCGGCUCACUGGUUCGACCGCGAGAGGUUCCUCCUGGAAGCUGACCGGGUGCUGAGGCCUGGAGGCUGCCUGGCUCUCCUGAGCUACACCCUGGACAUGGAGCUGGAGUAUGCGGGCGUCUCCAACAACACACUCAAUGACAUCUGUAAAGAGUUUUACGCUGCCCUGCUUCCGUUCCGAGAUCCCUACAUAGGAACGAGCUCUCUGAAGAUCUACUCCGACAUGUUUGACUCCUGCUCAUACCCGGACAAAGAGUGGAAUGACUGUCUGAGGGUCAAAUGGAUCUUGCCACUGAGUGGAUACCUCGGCAUGGUGGAGACCUUCUCCACCUUCCAGAACCUGGUGAAAAAGGACCCCGCCGAGGCUGAACGUCUUUCUAAUGACAUCAUGAACAAAUUGAUGGCUGCCAUGAAGGUGUCUUCUCCUGACGCAGAAGUUACGGUCGUCGUGAAGUAUUUCUAUUGGCUGGCGCGCAAACUUUGAUCACUCCGACUGGCUGAAUCCUGUAACAGCAUAUCCCGACUGUCUUUGUUGGAAACCACAGUUGUAGUUUUCAUCAGAAAUUGACUUAAAACCAGGAAAGCCAGGUGUCUACAAAUUGACCUCUGUGAAUGCGAAGCCUUCCAGAGUGAACACUAGAUGGAGCCCUGUCGUACCGUGAUGGAUGAGUGUCUCAUUAAAGUCCACUUUGAGUCUUAAAAUUGUACUUUUUUUUUAAUUAACUUUCUAUUUCACGACCAGGCUGAGACAAAAUCCACCUGCUUCCUGAAUGUCCAUAUCUUUAAUUAUUUAAUAUUAAUAUAUUUUGUUGUUUUUUAAUUAAGCAGGACAUUUGGUGUGUUCAAACCUAAAUUUAAAAGCACAUUUUCUGCUCUCCUUUCCUCUCUUUCUUCACCUCUCUUCCAAAUUUAUAGCAAUAAUUUGAGUCUUCUCCUCUCUAUUUUAUAUUUAUGUGCUCACAGAUUGUUUAGGGCCGUGAGAACAGAUGGUAAUUAACAUGCACGGCCUCCAAGUCUCCUA